CGGGGUGGUGGGUGCUGCGUGGCGGAAGUCGGGCCUGGGCGGGAGCCCGGAGCUAUGGCCGCCGGUUCAGCGGUGCUGCUCGCGCGGGCGCUGGAGGCGUUGGAUGUUGGUGGUGCAGCAGAUAAGAUUAAUUUAAUACCUCAGGACUUUUUUGCAGAACUGUGUGAACAAAUUAUUCAACAUCUAAACCAUAAGAUCCCAGGUGUAAAUACAGCUGAACUGUGUCAGAGAAUUCAAACAUCUGGGAUUGAGAUUAAUGUUGGUGAUCUGGUGAAAAUAGCUAACAUCGUUUCCUUUUUAUUUAGCACAGCAGCCAGAAACAAUCUUUCUACAGAGGAACUCAUCACCACCUUGGGCAGUGCUGUCAGCACAUUGCCAAAACAUGCAGUUCAAGUUGUUCGUCAUGUAUGGAACGAGCAGGGCAAAUCCAUUAGUGUGUCAGAAGAUGCAAGAAAUAUGGCCAUGGUGGGGCAGUUUGUGGAUAUUAAAUGGAAACUGGGAGUUGCAAUGAGCUCUGAUGCCUGCAGGUCUCUGAAGUAUCCUUAUGUUACAGUGACGCUAAAAGUGGCAGAACCUUCAGGACAAAUAACAGACAAGUCUUUUGAAAUGACCAUCCCGCAGUUCAAGAACUUCUUCAGACAGUUCAAGGAAAUGGCAGCUGUUCUUGAAACAGUUUGAAGAGAAUUCUUUAUUUACACUGAAUUUCGGACAGAAAUAGAUAAGUAAACUUUCUGUUCUGCACAGGGAAUAAAGUGCCAUUGUUUGGCAAGGUAUGUAUCCUUGUCUUUUUGACAGGUAUUUGUCAGCAUCAUUCUUGCAUUGUUGUGAAGAUGUCUUUGCUUUUGAAUACUUGAAGCUAACUCUGCAGUGUUUGUGAAAAUAUGUUUAGCUUUGUUCAUCCUGAUAGACAAAAGAUAAGGAUGUGUAAGGAGAAGUAUCACUGUAGACUUCAUAAUAUCCAAGAGUAAGAAACUACACAUUUAACUCUGGAGUGGAGAAAGACACCUAAAAACGUUGACUGAGAAGAUACUGAGAGAAGUGUAAAUCCUGUGUUAACACUUUUGUCUGUAAAACUGAGAUGCAUUUGGACUCAACUAUAUUAAUAUAAGGAGUAUAUGAAGUUACAUAUAACAAGCAUACAGUUAUUCUUGAAGAACAGCAAUGACAAGUAGUUAGUUGCAGAUAUUUGCAGACCUGGCUUCCAGUCGUCUUUAACUGAAGAAUGUACGUGUCCUAACAGCUUGUUUACUGCAAAUACUUAUUUCCCACCACCUGGUCUUAUAAAAACUGAGUUAAUGUAUUAAGCUUUUCUGGAGACCCAAAUUUAUUCUCUGAAAUGAAGCCCAGAGGCUAAUUUUAAAUAAAAGCAAAAAGGUGAAUUUAAUUCAGGAGAGUUUUAAUAUAUUUUUGCCUUUACAUUUAAUCUAACUCCAAUCUGUGACACUCUGCUUGAUGUUUUGAUCGGCAGUCUGCUUUCUAAUUAAAUUAGAAUAUUGAUGUAGUUGCCUUGCUCCAAGCUCUGAACUAGAAAAGUCAAGACAAAACUUGAAAAUUCAGUCUGGAAUGUUAGCCAAGCACAUCAGAGAAAGGACCACACUAGAAGUCGGCAAGAUUUCUUUGCUGUUUGUAUUGUGUGGCAGGAGUCCACUGGACUUUGUUGUGCACACUCGCUCUCAGAGAAUGUCCAAACCAGCAAAAUUUUUACUUUGAUUCUGAAGAAUGGGGUCAUUUCCAAAGGGAUAGUGAUAAAUCCAGUGUGCUUGCAUGAUUUCUUUUUUUUGUUGUUUUCCAUAAACAAAACACAAACUGUAAAUGUAGUGGGACAGUACUGUUACAUUUCAAGAUGUGGUGGUGGUGUAGUAGAGCUAGUAAAACUGAAGAGAGACAAUUCCUACUGAUAAGCAGACUGAAGUUUAUGCUGCAAGUUCAGAAUGGUAAGAGACCAAGAACCAGUUUUGCUGGGCCAGAUUCUCAAGUGAGAACACCUACCUUUCUAACU